AUGGGCCGGGAGGAGCUGGCGGCCGCAUACGGCGUCCCCGAGAUCAUCGAGGCGGACCGGGAGCUGGUGGAGAGCGGGUGCGAGGAGAUGCUCGUGCGGGCGCAGGACCACGAGGUUGCGUUCCUCGUUGUCGGCGACGCGCUGUGCGCUACGCCGCGGCCAGACCUCGCCCUGCGCGCGCGCCAGCGCGGCGUGGGCGUGCGCGUGGUCCACAACGCCUCGGUGAUGAACGCCAUCGCCGCGUGUGGCCUCCAGCUCUACCGCUUCGGGGAGACGGUCUCGAUCCCGUUCUGGACGGACGACUGGCGGCCCGACAGCUUCUACGAUAAGGUCCAGGCGAACAGGAAGGCAGGGCUGCACACGCUGUGCUUGCUGGACAUCAAGGUGAAGGAGCAGACCAUCGAGAACCUGAUGCGUGGCCGCCCGGUCUACGAGCCGCCGAGGCGGAGUGCGCCACAUCCGCCCACGGCGUGGCCGGCGCAGGGUGCCGCCAAAGGGCUCGCCAAGGCACUUCUCGAGGCGGCGGCGGCGGCGGCGGGCCGCGGCGCGGCCCUGCCCAGCGGCGGCGGGGUCAGCGCGCGGCCGCCUGGCGCUCCCCAGAGCCCCGCGGCCCCGCGCGGCAGCCAGGCGGCGGCGGCGAACCGCGGCGCGGCCCUGCCCGGCGGCGGCGGCGGCCACGGCGCGGCCCCCGCCGGGGUUGGUUGCGCUCGCGCUUGGGCGAACGCGCCCUUCGAGGCGCUGCCGGGCCAGGAGCAUCGGCAGCCUCCGGACCAGGAGCAGGAGCAGCUAGGCACCGGCUCUGGCCCCGCAGGCGCCAGCCCAGCCCCGGCGGCCGCCCCCCCCUGCCCUGGCGGAGGCGGCGCCAGCCCCUGCGGCCGCGACGCCGACGCCGGCAGCGCGCCUGACGCCAGCGCAGCCGCGGCGGCAUCGGCGCCGCCAGCGGCGGCGGAGGCGUCGCGGGCCCCGGCGGCCGCGGCGCCGACGCCGCCAGCGGCGGUGCUGGCGCUCAAGCUGCGCGACCUGCUGGCGCUCGAGCUGCCGCUCAAGCGACGGCGCCUGCAGGCAGCAGCGGACAUCCAGGCAGUAGCGGACAUCGGCAAGGGCGCCUUCGGCCAGGUGAAAAAGGACGCCGAGCGAGAUGCGGCGGCGUUCGCCGCCGCCCCGCCGCACCCCGACGUCUUGCGACUCCUGGACGUCGCGAUGAUGCAGUGGCGGACCUCCCUGCUGCGGGCGCUGGACCACAUGCAUUCGCAUAGCGUCAUACACACCGACGUGAAGCCCGCUAACGUGCUCUACCUGGCGGCAACGCCCCCGCGAUUCGUCCUGGGCGAUCUGGGCGCGGCGGAGGCGCUCGACCCCGCCUGGCGGGUCGCGGUGGACAGCAGCGCCGGGCUGGAGCUCCUGGAGGUUGGCACAAUCUGGCACCGAGCUCCAGAACUUUGCCUCGGCGACUCCCAGUACGGAUCGCCCGUCGACGCAUGGGCGGUCGGGUGCGCCGUGGCCGAGAACGUGGACGUUCUCGCAAGAUGGCGCGCCCGCUCUUGCGAGAACGUGGACGUUCUCGCAAGAUGGCGCGCCCGCUCUGGCGAGAACGCGGACGUUCUCGCAAGAUGGCGCGCCCGCUCUUGCGAGAACGUGGACGUCCGCCCUUGCGAGAACGUGGACGUUCUCGCAAGAUGGCGCGCCCGCUCUGGCGAGAACGUGGAAGUUCUCGCACCAUGGGGCGCCCGCUCGCGCGAGAACGUGGACGUUCUCGCAAGAUGGGGCGCCCGCUCUUGCGAGAACGUGGACGUUCUCGCAAGAUGGCGCGCCCGCUCUUGCGAGAACGUGGACGUUCUCGCAAGAUGGCGCGCCCGCUCUUGCGAGAACGUGGACGUUCUCGUAACAUGGGGCGUCCGUUAUUGCGAGAACGCGGACGUUCUCGCAAGAUGGCGCGCCCGCUCUUGCGAGGACGCGGACGUUCUCGCAAGAUGGCGCGCCCGCUCUUGCGAGAACAGGCCCGUUCUCGUGAGUGGCGGCCGGAGCACUCCAAAUGGCGACGGCGGCUUCCCAAAAAUGCCAUCUUGGGCACCCCCGAAUGCCAUCUUGGGCACCCCGACUGCCAUCUUGGAUACUCCCUCGGGCCCCUGGAUCGGGGACGGCGGCUUCCCGGCGCAGAGCAUCGUCGACCUGCUGUUCCAGAUUUGGAGGCAGUUCGGGCCGCCAGCGGUUGGUGGCUACCUCGAAGGUCUGGCGUCGUCGUCAGGGGCUUGGAAGGUCGGGCCGCCGGCGUUCCCGAGCCCGGCGUUCCCGGGCCCGGCGUCCGGCGGCGCCCCCGGUGUCGCUGGCGCUUUCACCCGGUCCCUGAGCACGGGGGCGCUGCAGCUCGUGGAGUCCCUCCUGGAGCCGGAGAUGAAGCUGGUGGCCGGCGAGCUCGCUGCCGAGCGAGGGCCGUUUUCGCUGGUGGCCGGCGUGCUCGAAAUCGAGGUCUUGGAGUGGCUCCAGGCCUGCAACAAUGAGUGGUUCGAGGCCACCAACAGUUUCAUCGCGCAGCAGCUGGAGCAAUUGCGGGCGGAGGGGGAGGACUUGAAGCAGAACGGGGGGCAGCUGGCGGGGCUGCAGGCGGCGGGGCAGGCCAGCGCGUGCCAGGCAGAGGCCGACUCCAGCCCUGACCUCAGCCCGGCACGCAUGGGCCACAGCGCCAGUGCCUGCGGCCUGCUCGCAGGCUGCCUGUGCGCGGGCGGCGACGGGGCCGAGGAGCUCCUCGCAGGCGCCAGGGGUGUCUGCACGCGCCAGUCUCAGAGGCCUGGCGCCAGCGACGGUGGCGGCAACGCCGACGAUGGCGAGAGUGCCAUCCUCGCGAGCACGGGCUCCGCCAUCGCCGCUCUGCCCGAGGCCAGCCCUCACGAGGCCACCAGAAGGACGUCCCUGGCCACUACCACGUCGCGGACCUCCCUGCGGACCACGUCGAGGUCGCUCACCGCCACGUCGCUGACCUCCCGGCUGUCGCAGGUGACGCCGUCACUCACGGACUCCUUCUACCUGCGCCCUUCCCGAACUUCCCGGUCGACGCCGACGCACUUGCGGAUCCCUUCGUCGCAGGCCCGGCAGAGGACGGUGCAGUCGGCGUCUCCCAGUCCCUCGUCCGAUGGCGGCUCCUCGCUGGAGGGCAUUCUUGGCAGACUGGACACGGAGGUGGUAAACAAGUUCCUCGAGGAUCACCACUUCUCCGGCAUCAACCGCUGCCGCCGCCUGAGCGGCCCGUGCUGCCCGCUGUCCCUGGCGGCCGAGGGGGGCGACGAGCGCAUGGUGCUGCUGCUGCUGGGCCGCGGGGCGGACCCCCUGCUGCCGGAGGCGCUCCACGGCAGGCAGAGGAGACGGCCUUCGGAGGCCUGGCGGCUCGUAGAGCUGGCCGCCUCCGCCGCCAGGGGUCAGAUCGACAAGGCGCUGGCUCUGCAGACGUCGCGGGAGCAGGUGGCGCUCUCCAGCGUGGUCGGCCUCGCGGGCGCCAUCGGCCGCGGGUGGGAGGAGCGGAUGUUCCGCGAGCUGCGGCAGAGCGACCCCCUUCUGCGGUCGGAUGCGGUAGGCGCCUGA